AUGUCUUCUCCUCCGUACGACGUCAUUUCGGUUCUUCAGACCGAGAUCGAACACACGCCCGUACAAAACCCAUCCGUCAACCAACUUAUACAGGGGUUCAUCAAAUACUUGAAGGAACCCAGAUACCUGACCCCGUUGACCAUUCAAGAGCUAUCCGGACUAUUCCACAACUUUUACAAUGACUUGAAUUCCACCGUUAUCACCGUGUAUACCCAGUCCAACAGCGCCAAGAAGCAACUUAUUGGAAGCUCAGAGUAUUUUAAAGAAAACCCUAAGCAGUACGACUAUUUACUUGCUAUCGCCAACUAUUCGUCCUCUUCGAUCAAACUAGUCAGACGGACUGAUUCCGCCGCGGUGCUACAGUUGAGAGUCUUUAACAUGUACAAGUUUUUGUUGGUGACUCACAUGAUCGAGCUGUCACAGGAAUUGUUACUUCAGUCCACAUCGAACAAAGACGACGAUAUUUCGCUUUACGACAAGAUCUUCCGCUUCGACGAGAAGGACUUGGUGGUGCAGGAGUUUUUCGAUAAGAAGUUGAAGAGCUUAAAGAGGUUGAACUUGCCGUUCCAAUGUUUUAUUGAGGAAGAUAACCAAACCUACAAAUCGUUGAUUGAGUUAAUCAAUACUUGUGAUACCAAUGAGAAUAUCAUGGCCUUGAUCAAGGAGUUCACUCUGAUCAAGGAUCAGGUUACCGCCAGUUCCAAGUUGAGAAUGAUAGCUCGAUUCCAAAAGAAUUUGAUGAGAAUCUUGUCUACUGCCAGUGGCUUGCAAUCGCAUAACAUUAACAACGACGUAUUGUUACCAGUGUUCAUCUAUUUGAUUAUUUACAAGAUGGACGUCCUGCUUGACUUGUUCUUGACCUUCAACUACGUCAAGAAUUUCACCAAUUUUAUCGAUCCUUACGACGUUAAGAUCCUUGCAAGUACUUCAUUUUACUUCUACAAUCCGACCGAAACCUCCAAGAACCAUUUGAAAAACAACAGUCGGAAAGCUAAUCUUUUUGAGUGCAUUAAUCUCAAUGAAAAUGAAACGGAUACUGAUGCACCAGAUGCCGACAAGAGUGGGCUCAUAUCGUUUUUCGAUUCUGACAAGGAGUUAAUUCAUUACUUGAACAUCAACCACCUCAACAACAGCGAAUUACAGUACUACCUCACGAAUUUCGAAGCGGUGUUGUUUUUCAUCCAAAACGUUACGUUAGAUGAGUUGACAGACAGAAAGACGGAUGAAGAGAUACUUUCAAAACCACUCAGCGUAUUUGUGGAAAGAGCCUUUGCUCCUGCCUAUGAAUUCCCUCCAAGAGCCACAGAAACCAAUGAAGAGGAUACCAAAGACGAAGAAACAGAUGUUAACAGGUCCAGAUCCAGCUCUUUGUUCAACACCAUUUCAAACAGAAUAAGUGAAGCAGCUAACCGAUCAAGGUCCAACUCGGCAUUAAUGAGAUCUACCGGAGAAUCUGUUGCAUCCAUAGAGGUGUCCACAGAUGCAGUCAUCCCAUCACCUGUAUCAUCACCAACUAUCACUGGGGAAAUUGCCCAAGACAGUACCACCUUUAAUAUGAUGAGAAAUAUUAUAGGUCGGUUUGGAUCGGUGAGCGUGCUGCAGUUCAAAGGAUCCGAAGAAGAAGAAGGACUCGUGAACAACGUCAAGCAUUUGAGAUCAGCUUCCAUCAUUGAAAAGCUAUCUCCCAACCACUCGAGAACCCGAUCUUCAUCGCUUGAAAAUGGCACUAGCACUAUGCAUAACCUUUCGCCCAGUAGGAAAAACACCAUUGCAUCGAAAUUAUCUUCAGGAGUCACUGACCUUAUGACCAAAUUCAACACCCCAGCCACUGCGUCAUCCAGUUUCAACCACCAGAACACCAACACCUCUCAGACUUCAUUGAGAUCCUUAGAUGAAUCCGAGUCAGUCACGGUGGUCCCCAGGCGACCUGAUCAUUUUCGCAACCGGACCUCCAGUAUACAAAUAAUGGAGAAGUGGUUCAACAACCUCUCUACCGGCCAGCAACAACAAUUGACACAAACCCAAACAGAAGUAAAUGCAUCCACUUCUAGAAGCAUUUCCCAAUCCGAACCCUCCAAGCCUGAGGUUGCUGACAUUGAGAGCCACGAAGGGUCUGUGUUCAGCACCCCGUCUAAGGAGCUUGCCAAGUAUCACAACGUUGAUUUUGACUUAUUAACGGUUCUGGACUUGAGAACCUUGAAGCUAUACUACGACCAGCUAUGUAACGAGCUUGGAAUGAGUAAAUUCGAGUCCAAGCUGACUUCCGAGGAACUCAACGACCAGUUUUCUUCCGUUAACUCCAUUUAA